AUGGAGCGACUCUUCCGUAUUGAAGACAUUCUUGCCUAUAUUCAGUCGCAGAAACAGAACAAUGUAAGUCUAACUCGUCUACUUUCAAUUUACUAUGAAGCUACCCAAAAGAACUUAGAUACUAACGAGCAAACUCUAGAGUUAUGGCAAGGAUAUAUCGGACUUUUAGAGAAGAAUGGAUAUGCACAUACUGAAAUCAGAGAAGUGUACAAGAUGUUGAAAAGUAAGUAUUGGCGAUUUCUUUCUUUCUGGAGUGGUUGGUUGGACUAUGAAUCAAGAUUGCCUUAUAGUUGCAGUAAACGGGCUAAAGUAGUUGAAGCAGCUGCUGAUAUGUUGCAGUAUAAAGAGUGUCCUGAGAAGAGUGCUAUUCUAAGUUGGGCCCGGGAAAGACAAGUAGGUAGUGCGGAUAGUAGUGAUACACGGUUACUCUACCCGGAAACACCACGAAGUGUUGGGUAUACGAUUGAACCGAGUGAGUUCUUAGGGAAUGAGCCUUUAGGGAUGGGAGGUCUAGGGAGUUGUGGUCGGUCUUUACUGGACCAGGAGAAUGUUGGUGGAAAUUAUCCGACUCAAAAUGCUAUGUCCGAUACAGUGACUAUGUGUGGCUCUGUUUUUGAUAGUCCUUUAGGUGCAGUUAAUCGGGGUAAACCCGGGAGUAGAGUUGAUUUAGAUAUGGAGAUAGGUGGGGAUUUAGGAGGGGAGACGAAUGAAGGGCGUUUAGGUGGGGAGAAAGGUCCAGGAUCUCCUAAUCAUAAGAAGAUUACUUUGAAUGGUCGGAAACUUAAGAUUUUAAGGACUAUAGGUAAGGGUGGAAGUGGUAAGGUUUAUCAAGUUCUUUCUGAUAAGAAUGAAGUCUUUGCUUUGAAAAAGAUCAAGAUACCGGCUGGCCGGGAGAGUGAAGAGAUUCAUAGUAGUUAUGUUAAUGAGAUUGAGCUUUUGAAACGACUUAAAAAACGGCAUGAGAUUGUUACACUUAAAGAUAGUUAUGUAAAUCAUGAUCGGAUAGCUAUUCUAAUGGAACAUGGAGAUAUUGAUCUAAGUAGGUUUUUAGAGAUAGAAAGAACACGAGUACCGGGUGGGUAUCGGUGUAGCCAAGAGAACUAUACGAUGAUUACUCUUUGGGAACAGAUGUUACGGGCAGUUAAAUGUAUUCAUGACCACCGGAUUGUUCAUCGCGAUCUUAAGCCGGCUAACUUUUUGUUUGUUAAUGGCCGUCUUAAACUCAUUGAUUUUGGUAUCUCAAAAGUAAUCAAAAAUGAUACGACUAAUAUCAUUCGUGAAAAACAGAUAGGUACAAUUAACUAUAUGUCUCCUGAAGCCAUUAUAGAAGGUAAAACUAAAAUGGGACGUAGUAGUGAUAUUUGGUCCUUAGGAUGUAUUCUUUAUGAGAUGUACUUUGGCGAGUCGCCUUUUAUGCGCUUCAAGAACUUAGUGCAACGUAUGCAGAAACUACUUGAUGAUAAGUAUGCGGUUGAGUAUCCACUAGAAGAACCGAAUGACAAUCGGUAUCCAGAAGCAGUGGCCGAGAUGCAGAAGUGUUUAGUUCGUGAGCCUAGUAAACGGGCUAAGAUAGAUGAUUUGUUAGAAACCGGAUUGACUAGUCGGCCGCGUCCCCAGAAGGACACGCAUACGUUCAACAAGGAAGAGCUUAAGGCCUUCAUUUCCAAAAUCAUGGAUAUGAAGUACACUGCACCUACUGAGGAAGCCAAAACAAGAAUUGUAGAAAAGAUCUCUAGUCUGUACCUUAACAACUAA